UCCAGGUCGUGUCUGUGUGACACAGGAACUUCACUCUCGCUGCCGAUUCCACGACGGCUUAUUUUUGGAGCCAGUCGGAGGAUAUUUUGAGAGUCGACUCGUGAAUCGAGGUCUCGGCGCCAUAAUGAGUUUCUUCCUUGUGCCUCGGACGCCGCAUUUCCACCGUGUCCAACCGGAUUCCUUAUAAGGAAGGUCGUGGUCGGGUCUGAUGAGUGAGGACAGUUUCCUUCACACAGGGAGGAUCCCGUCUUUUGACCCCUGACCUCUUCCUCUCUCCCUGGACACAUUUUUCCUCACAUCUGCUCUAACUCCUCCGUCUGACUUUCUUUUUUAAAAUGAUUAACUCAUCAGUUCUGCAGCUGUCGUCCAAGCCGCCAUUUUUUCUGGAGCUUUCUCUCAAGAGGAAGUUGAUUCCCGUCUUUUCCUGUUAAAGACGAUUUGUUACUCAGGAAAGUUUUUGGGUUUGAAUUUUGUCUUUUGUUUUUUUCCAUUUCACUUUUUUUUGGGGUUAAUUAUACUGUUGGAUUUAAUUCAGUCUGUUUCUCUACCUCUUUGUCUCCUCCUCCUCUUUCUGAUGCUGCUCUUUGUCGUUUUCUCUCUGGACACAAACUGAGAACACACAACCUCUGAGUUUCACUUAGUCUGUGGCUGGAGUGGACGGCACAGCUCGCUCUCAGUUGUGUAGUUGUUAUAUGUGGUCAACCUUUUUUGUGACGGACAUGGAGGGCGGUGCACAAGGAGGAGCGUCCCAGGGGAUGGCCGGCCUGAUGACCGGGCGCACCACGUUCGGGGGGAACAAGCGGCGCAGGACCACGUCAGCCGGACACAGCAUGAGCGAGGCCCAGGAGGGGAAGAUCAAGUUGGCGUUCUUCGUGGCCAUCGUGGGCGUGGUCCUCACGGUGCUCGGCGUGGGGACGGAGUUCUGGGUGGAGCUGUCGGCGCCGAAGACUUUUUACAACAAUCAGACCUGUCUCACGGCUCACUACGGCCUGUGGAAGGGCUGCACCAAGACGCUGUGGGUGGCCGACAUCGACCCGGAGAGGGAGAGCUGCGGACCGGCCGAGCUGCACGGAGAAUCCAACUGCACCUACUUCAAGUUCUUCACCACCGGAGAGAACGCCGUGAUGUUCCAGAAGACGACGCAGAAGAACCUGAACGUGGCGGCGGCCAUGUUGGUGAUGUUCAGCCUCUUCCUCAUGGUGAUGGGCGCCAUCUGCAUCGUCAUGGCUCUGAGUAAAGAAAUCCUCUUCUUCUUGAAGCCGGCGUCGAUCUGCUUCAUCCUGUCAGGCGCCCUGGUGCUCCUCUCCCUCAUGGUGUUCCACCAGUCGGUCCUCGCUCUCCUGGCCAGCGACCACACGGUUCCUCUCCACCACGAGCUCUCCUGGUCCGUGUCGUGCAUCGGCUGCGCGGGCGCCGUCCUGGUGGUGGGGGGGGCCCUCUUCCUGCUGCUGGCGCUGCCCGUCAGCCCCUGGCAGAGGUGCCUCCCUCAGAAGGACAGCAGCAGCUAGUGGCCCGGAGGUGCUGGUGCGCUUCAGGUUUCCCAAAGACGUCUCAGCAAACGGAGAUGACCUCGUCUGAAUAUGUGAAGGAGUCAUGAGUAACAUUUUUAAUAAACUUAAUUAACCUUCUGCUCGCUUUGCACAUUAAAUUAAUAUUUAAUGAAGAACAACUUGUUUUUUGUUGAUCAUCUGUAAACUCUACUGGUAAAAGUCAAACCGACAUCUUAUUGAGUGAAGCUGAUUCAGCGAGUUAGCUUCAGUGGGAUCUGAGGUCUGGGACGUGUUUGGGAAACGGUCCUGAAUUGUCUUACUUCACUGCUCGUCCUCGUCUCCCGGCUCCUCGAUACGAGCUCAGUGUCACACGUCCCCUGAAGAAGCAGCUUGAAGCAACACUGAGCAGCUUCCAGUCACUUCUCACUGAGCAACAGCAUCAAUUCUUCAUGUUUCACAGUUUCCCGCUGAAUUUUGGAGAUGAACUCUGGUUUUUAAUAACUUCAGAGUGAUUUGAACUGAUCUCAGUUCAGCUUCACUCUUCAGCUGGAGCUGGUUGUGACAGUCUGUGAUGCUCAGGGAGAGAAGGAGGAAACUCUCUCGUGUUGCUUCAAGUUCAAAUCUAUAAUCUAUCCGUAUUUCAUGCAAUCAUUAAAUAUGUAUGGAGGUGAUUUAAAUCAUCAUCUUAUGAACCUCUAUUUUCACUAAAUGGAAAAAAGUAGUAGUUUAACUUUUAUAUUUAUAUUUUUAAAUUAGAAAUUUGUUGUGUCUGCUCCACGUGUGCUUAUAACAGAUAUAUUAAUAGUAAAAAUGUAAAAAUUGAUGGCAAACAAUAAAUAUUUAUCAAAAACGACA